CUGGUGCCAUCCGCAGCUGGCGGGCUGCAGGCAAACAGGAUGACGAAUGGGUGAUGGGCGGCAGGGAAGGGAGAGUGUGGCCUUGGACAGGGGCUGGCAGCCCCUGUUGUGCUGCAGGAGUGGUGGUGGUGAGAAGGACCCUGGAGAAGAAGGGAGCAUCACCCACCCCCAGGAGCAAAGGCAAAGAGAAGACGAUGGCCAUGUUUGUGGUGGAUUUUCCCUCUAAGGGAUGCAGGAGAAGAGCCCUUGCUGCCCAGGCACCAGAUCUGCUGGCCUAGCCCUCAGAGGGGAUGGCGAGCCCAACGGGGCUCAACACCACGGACAGCCCAGAGCUGCUUUCCGUCCCCGAGCAGUCCAUCACCCAGGAGGUGGUGGGACUCCUCUGCAUGGUCCUGCUCACCCUCACCGCCCUGGUGGCCAACACCCUCGUGAUGGUCGUCAUCCUCAAAACCCCCCUUCUCAGGAAGUUCAUAUUCGUCUGCCACCUCUGCGUAGUUGACCUCCUCUCUGCCAUUUUCCUCAUGCCCCUGGGGAUCAUCUCCAGCUCUUCCUGCUUCAACAGGGUGAUCUACAGCAUUGCCGAGUGCAAGGGCAUGAUAUUCCUGAAUGUCUGCUUCAUCAGUGCCUCCAUCCUCACCAUCUCCAUCAUCAGCGUGGAACGGUACUACUACAUCGUCCACCCCAUGAGGUAUGAGGUCAAGAUGACCAUCAGGCUGGCGCUGGCCGGAAUGGUCUUCAUUUGGGUCAAGUCUGUUCUCAUCACUAUCUUGGCAGUGGUGAGCUGGCCUUUAGGCAAUGGGGCCACCAGUGCCAGCCGCUGCACAGUCUACUGGAGCCCUGGGGCCCACAAGAAGGCUUUUGUGAUCAUCUUCAGCAUAGUUUGCUUUGUUCUGCCCACUGUCCUCAUCUUUGCUGUCUACUGCAGUGUCUACCGCGUGGCCCGGAUGGCAUCCCUGCAGCAUGUACCCAUGCCUGCACCAACACAGGCAGCUGCACCGAGACACCGAUCUGAAUCCAUUGCCAGCCACGUGACCAUCAUCACCACCAGGAACCUGCCACUGCCCAGGCUGACCUCAGAGCGCUUUCUGGGAAGCAACAAGGCCAUCGUCACCUUGGUCCUCAUUGUGGGGCAGUUCUUGUGCUGCUGGCUGCCUUUCUUUGCUUUCCACUUGCACUCCUCUGUUGCUGCUGGCACAGUGGGUGGUGGGCAUGGGGAGAUGGUGGUCACCUGGAUUGCCUACUCCUCCUUCGCCAUCAAUCCCUUCUUCUAUGGGCUCCUGAACCGCCAGAUCCGGGAGGAGCUGGCCAGGCUCCGGCGCAGCUGUCUCAACCGGCCGCUGGGCCAAGAGAUCUGUCUUUCUGUCUCAGAGGCUUCUGUCCAGGAAAACUUCCUGCAGUUCCUCCAGAGAGCGACUUGCACACUGGAGAUGCACACCAGCUGCAUCAGCCCUAGACCCAGGAACAGGCUGGACCAGACCAAGGUGGGCUUCCCUAUCCCGGGUCAAGCUCCUGAGGAGAGCAGCUGAGAAGCAGAAGGCCCUGUCCCACCAUGCUGGGAACAGGAUGGGGACACACGACCUGCCAGGGACCCACUGGACCUGCCUGGACCCAGCCACCUGGAUGUAGAGAGGUCCUUGUUCAAGUUUUGCUUCUUCUCUGAGGUUAAGGCGGGAGAUGGUUUCUCUUCAGAUCUGGGGAAGUCUCAUCUCCCUUCUGCAGGCUAGGACAGGCUCUGGCCCCACCAGCACAGCCCAGUUGCAUGGACAGGCUCUCCUUGGGACAUGGGAUGCCAAGGGGCUCCUACACAGGGGCAGAGGAGGGGACACCUCCAUCUCUGUCGCUCUACUGGGACUAUUCUUGGCCAGUGGGGAGGACAUGUCCCUUGCACCCUACCUAGGAGCAAUGGCCCAUCUAACACCACUAACACCAGUAACACCAAGGUCCUGGGCACCCCACUGAGCCUGGAUGGGUGACGUGGAGCCCUCCAUUCUUGGCUCUGUAACCCAAAACUAAUACCUGGGUGAGGAGUCCCUGUCACCCAUGGUACUUACCAGGGGGAUGUCACUGCAGGGCUGACUCUGGCUGUGUCUGGAUUUUCCCAGCUGGUGUGGCUGCUUGUGAUACCCAUGGACGUGCCCAGCAAUGCCCCCUGUCCCCUCCAGCUGGCAGGGGCUGUCCCCUGGGCGGGGAUGCUGGACAGUGGUCCGUACUGGGCUGUUGAUGGCCACAGCUGCCCAGCUGAAGCCCAGCCAGAGGUGCUACAUG